CGCCAUUAACGUUUUGCCGAGAAUUAACGGGAUUUUGUUCAACUACAUCAGCGGGUAAAUGUCAAAACAGAGAAAAAAAAUGACAGUCUUACUAUUUUCACCUUAUACCGUCGUAAAGAGGUACUUGUGUUGUGGGGAUGGCAUCAGGCAGUGGGAUGGUGGGACCAGGUGGGCAGCAGCUGGUCCAGAUGGCAGUGACGGGACUAAUGGACACCACACCAGAGGACAAUCUUGACUCCAGCUCAGACCAUGAUGAAUCCGACAAGUAUGAGCCCCAGCUCAAACAGAGAAGAGUUGAUGUGGACUUCGAUGUUCACGGUGAUGCUUCAGUGAAGCAAAUCCUGUUCAACAUCAACAAGGCAAUCUGUAUGCGACUGGACAACAUAGAAUCAUGCUUGAAUGGGUUAUCUAAUCGACAGAGAGAGAUUGAGCAGAAAGUGGACACCAUCUGCAGUAUAAUGAAGCAGAACAGCGCUGGUGGCCAGAGCAACUCUCUGAAGAAAGGAGCAUUUGUGGUUGGUCUCCCCCAGCAGAAUGGGAAAGGAUCUGGGGAAGGAUCAGAGAGCGGUGAUGGUAACGGCCCUCUUGGUUCUAUAGAUAGUAUAGCAGGACUUGGACCCAACGUGACCCUCAUCACCUUGAACAGCGAAGAGGACUAUCCAUAUGGCUCAUGGAUGGGAGAUGAGAAUAAUGUGGAAAUGAGAGUCCGCUGUCCCAUCACUCCAAGUGACCUCCUACACAUUCACUCCAACUGUCGGACCCCAGAGAAGAUGGCCCUCACCCUGCUGGACUACUUGUUUGACCGGGAAACUCAGGCCAUGUCAAACCUCUCUGGCCAGGGAAAACACGGCAAGAAACAGUUAGACCCUCUCAUGAUCUACGGAAUCAGAUGUCACCUGAUAACAAAAUUCAACAUAUCUGAAAAUGACUGGCACCGUAUAAAACAAAAUGUAGACUCCAAAUGUCGAACAGCAUUCCGGCGUAGACAGCGAGGGAUGCCCUUAACUGUGAAGGCUUUUAGGGGCAAGUCUUUCAACAACAGCUACUCUCUAAUGGGAGGUGAGAUGUUGGGGUCAGAUGAUGACUCCAUGAACCAUGAAGAUUCCCUACAUAUAAGUCAGAACCAGGACGUGUAUCUCCAAGGAGACUUGGAUGGGACAGGUCUGGUGACGGGGGAGGGGCUCCAUGGGGAGGUCCAGAUUCUGCACGCCACCCCGGAGCAGAUCUCCCAGCUCCAGCAUGCACACCACAUACAGAUCCUCCAGGGAGACCAGGUCAUACAAGUGCCUGUACCGUCGAACAUCCAGUCAUUGUCUGCGUCUGACCUACCAGAGGGUCUUCAAGUGGCUGUAUCGGCUGUGUCUCUCCCCGGAAUCAUGUCUGAGACCUCCCCCAUCAUUCAACUAGCAGACACCCACAACACAAGCCAUGCUGACUCAUGACAUACGGCACACCUAGGAUUCUAGGGAUUUAUAAGACUUAGUGACAAACACUUUGGUUUUGAAGUGACUGGCCAGCAGUGGUAAAGUGCUCGCAACCAAUUGGAUUUUAUGUUUCAAGACCCUCCAGGGGUUCUGUGUAUUGAGGCCCACAUAGGAUUACCUACAUGUUUUGAGGCCAACCAGUGGUUUCGUGGAUUGAGGCCCACAUGGUGUUACCUACAUGUUUUGAGGCCCACCAGGGGUUUCAUGGAUUGAGGCCCACUAAGGGUUCUAUGUUUUGAUCCAACCAGGGGUAAAAAAAAUUGUUGCCCAUCAAAAUGGGUAUGAGGAGGAAAUAAAUGUUGAGUGUGAUACCAAACAAUAGAUUUGCCAGAUCCAAAGUUUUACAAGAUUGUCAUUGAUAUUUUUGUGAAAUAACUAAAUAGAAGCCUUUAACCAAGUCAACAAAAUGUUGGCCUUUAAGUAACUGUUCUAAACGCGUGAUACUUUGAAAAGAUAAUGUCAUUGUAUUUCUGCAGAUUUUUCUCUGUUCUCAACUUGAGAAAGUCAACAUUAAGACACGUUACAGUGUUUAAAUAUGUAGGAUGUCUGUAAGAAAUGCAUGGUUUUGAUAAUCAGAUUGUGAUACAUUAUUUCACACUAUUUAAUUGAUUAUUAUUUUAUGUCAGAGAGAAUAAAUGUUGCCUGACAGGUUUUACUGUUAGAUAUGAAAUUCUAUUGUAUGUUUUUUUGUGAUUUAUAGAGAUUUAUUAGUGAAAUAAAAAUGAAAUUCCA